CACUGACCGCGCGGGUCCCCCAUGGCUAAGAAGCGGAAGCGCCCCCCCGCCGCCGCUCCGUCUAGCCCCCCGGAGCCGGGCGCGUCUGGUUCCGGACUGUCCCGUGUGACGUGGCUGCACGCCGGGGGUGGCUCCGGGCCGGGGGCCUAGUGGCGGGGGCCGGGCGAGGCAGAGCCGGGGCGGGGCGCGAGCCUGCAGCUGGAUGGCCGGGCCCGCCCGGAGCGCUGCAGCUGCCGCCGCCGCCACCGCACGCAGCUGGCAUGCCUGGAUGUCCCUGCCCUGGCUAUGGGAUGGCAGGCCAAAAGGUCCUCUUCCUCACUGUCCUUGCCCUGGAGCUCCUGAGAAGGGUUGGAGGUUCUCAGCCAGCCCUCCGGAGCCUGGGGGCUGCAGCUGCCUGUUGCCUGGAUGAUAAAGAAAGCGAGUCUUGGGGUACUUUGCUGAGUGGGGAGCGACUGGACACCUGGAUCUGCUCCCUCUUGGGCUCCCUCGUGGUUGGACUCAGUGGGGUUUUCCCCUUGCUGGUCAUUCCCCAGGAGAUGGGGACCAUGUUACACUCAGAAGCUGGAGCCUGGCGUCUGAAGCAGCUGCUCAGCUUUGCCUUGGGUGGACUCUUGGGCAAUGUGUUUCUGCACCUGCUGCCAGAGGCAUGGGCCUACACCUGUCGCUUCAGCCCCGGUGGUGAAGGACAGAGUCUGCAGCAGCAGCAACAGCUGGGGCUAUGGGUCAUUGCUGGCUUCCUGACCUUUCUGGCAUUGGAGAAGAUGUUCCUGAAUAGCAAGGAGAAGGAGGGCCCCAGCCAGGCCCCCAGCAAAGACCCCACUGCUGCCGCGCUCAAUGGAGGCCACUGUCUGGCCCAGCCGGCUGCAGAGCCCGGCCUGAGAGCCGUGGUCCGGAACCUCAAAGUCAGCGGCUAUCUCAACCUGCUGGCCAACACCAUAGACAACUUCACUCAUGGGCUGGCUGUGGCUGCCAGCUUCCUUGUGAGCAAAAAGUGCGUGUCUGUGCUGGUACCACAUGUUUGUGUGCUCUUGGAGGCCAAAAGAUCCCCAAGCUGGACCUGGAUCCUCGGAGCUAGAGUUAUAGCAGUUAUUGGGCUUCUAACCACCAUGGCCAUCCUCCUGCAUGAGAUCCCCCAUGAGGUGGGUGACUUUGCUAUCCUGCUCCGAGCUGGCUUUGACCGAUGGACUGCAGCCAAGCUACAGUUCUCUACAGCCCUGGGAGGCCUUCUGGGGGCCUGCUUUGCCAUCUGCACACAGUCACCCAAAGGAGGGAGACAGUGGUCUGGACCCUGCCCUUUACCUCUGGAGGCUUUCUCUAUAUUGCCCUGGUCAACGUGUUGCCCGACCUCUUAGAAGAAAAUGACCCGUGGCACUCCCUGCAGCAGGUGCUGCUGCUCUGCGCCGGCGCUGUGGUCAUGGUGCUGCUUUCGUUCUUCGUUGAGUAACCAUUCCUGACAUCCCUCUCCGCAUAGCAAGCAAUAGAGAACCAACUCGCUCUGUGACUUUGUGUGUGAGAGGCAGAGGGUGAAUGCUAGAACCAGCCUAGCACUGGACAAAUGUGUGCAGGAGACCGACACUGUGACCCGUGUGCAGAGCCCAGCCACCCCACUGUCAUCUAGCAGCAAGGAAUGGCAGCGCUGGUGCCGGCACAGGCCUCCCUUCUCGCAAGAGUCCAGGGCUACAGAGAACCCCGGAACUGUCCCCCCUGGGCCUCUAACUCAAGACUAAUUAAAGCUCUGCUCACAUAUCCAGGUCCCAAGCACCUAAGAGGCGGAGGCUGCACCGCUCUUUGCUGUCCAUUUCCCCAGCCCUUCCUAUGCCACCUCUACAGCCAAAGAAAGGGGAGUGGGUGCUCUUCCGGCCCCAGCCCCACUCAGCACUGAGCAGGCAGCUUCUCCAGGACCUCCUCCUAGGGGCUGCCACCCUGGCCAGCUCAUGCUGUCAAACAGCAGUCUGCAAGGCACCAUGUAAUCCUCAGGCUAGCAGUCUCCAGUGCAGCUCCAAAGGCUCCCGCCAGCACACGGUUCAGCAGACAUGCCCCGGGCAGGGAGAAUGAGCCUUGCUGCCCUUACCUGCUCAGGCCCCUUGUCCUUUGGGUUGAGUAAGGUGGGGGUGGUGAGGGCUCCACAUUGUCAGUGCUCAGGAAUGUGAACUAGGAGAAUGCUGAAGCCAUAAUCCCCAACUAUUUCCCUUGGCUGACAUCCAGGUACUCAGCUGGCCACUCAACAGCCAGACUUCAGCCCUUCUACUGUGGUGUUAGAGAAGUGGCCACUGAAGAGUCUGAGUGAUUCCGUAGCAGUUACGCCGUGGUUCAUCUUUAUCUGUAAAUACCUGUUCUAUAGGUGUAAAUAAAUAUUACCUAGACCACUCCCUGUUCCACAUACUAGGGAGGUCAAGCAGAGCUCUGCUCAGUGCUCCGGCAGAUCCGUUACUUGCUGAACUGAAGGUUUCCUAUUUCCCCGCCCAGUUUCACUGUUAACCUUUCAGCCCAGGAAUGCUUGAGCCUUUGUCACCAUCACCUGAUCUUAUUUAUUCCCUGAUCCCCCUUAGUAAUUCUUAUCAAGGGAUCAGGACCAUCAAGUUAUCUCCAGCUUUGACUUCACACUGUAAUCUCAGCAUCCAGGAAUGGUAGCAGAAGGAUCUGGAGUUAAAAGGCCAGCCUAGGCUACCUGAAACCACCAUUUUGGAAAACAAGGGGGAAAAAAAGGAAGACAUAGGAAGAACAUAGGAUAUGGUAAUACAUGAGGUAGAACAAUGAAUUCCAGGCCAGCUUGGGCUACAUAAGACCCUGUCUCACUUGAUCCUCCCCAUAGCACCCACCUCCCAAAUAUAGGCAGGAGGAAAAAGGGUCUUUACCGGGCCCCCUUCCUGACUGCACCAUCACCAUAACACAGCAAGGGGCACUGCUUCUCCAUCCAACCCACUUUCCUCCCUAAGCCAACAGGCAGCCUUCAGCAGCCCCCUGGGUGGGAUAAGUCAGUCAUCUGUGCUGAGUCUAGUGCAAGCAGGUGGGACACCAAAUCAGCCACCUCCUUAGCCGGGGAUGCUCAGCUGUCAGUGUUCUGGCGUCACAUCCGUCAGAGAUCGGGUCUACCUGGCUGACUUCCAGGGACCUCAGGACAGAAAGGUCCAAGCCCGUUGUCUUUCCUCUCAGCAAGUGCUCAGGGCAGAGCUGUGGUGUGAAGCCCAGCUGGGAGGCUGACAAGCACAAGUAUCACCGUUCACCACUGCACUCAGCCCGAGGGGUUGAAGGGCUCUGCUGUACUGAGGAAGCCAGGUGAUGGUGGCGCCUGCACCAUGCCCAAGAACACAUUCUCUCUGGUUAGAAAGGAGGAGGGGGCACCUAAGCUCAGGCCAGAGGACAAAAUCAGAAGCCCUUUAGCUGCUCAGCUCCUGGAGCAAGACAUAAUCAAACCACAAUCAACAGGCAGCAUGCAGAGCUCAGCGAGUCAGCACGUGGGUAGGGUCACACUGAGGAGAGCUAGCGAGGUGGAGCUUGCUGGAGUCAUGUCCUCUAGGAAGAGCAAGGGGAAGAAAGGAAAGUGCCAAGGAAUUUUUGCCCCUUUUUGGCAAAAAAGUGGAAUUUUGAGGAUUAACAGCUUUGAAGGACCAUUCAGGGCUGCCAAAACAACUCAUUGAAAAGAUGAAUGAUGGGCCAAACAAGGUGGCAUAUGCCUUUAACCCUAACAUUCUAGACUAAUCUCAGAGGCCACAAGCAACUGAGUUCAACGCCAACCUGAUCUACAUCAAGUUCCAGGCUAGCCAAGACUUCAUAGUGAGACCCUGUCUCUAAAUAAAUAUAAAAUUUUGA